AGAGAGAGCUAGAGACCAAAAGAGAGAGAUAUAGAGAAAGAGAGAGACACCACAAGAGAGAGAGAGAGAGAGAGAGAGAGAGAGAGAGAGAGAGAGAGAGAGAUGGGUUGCUAUCCUGUAGGCAAGAUGGUGUCCAAGGUGCUUGGAAAGUGCAAUGGGAGAGAUAAUAAUAAUAAUAAUAAUAAUAAUAAUAAGAGGAGAAGUAGUAGUAGAUCGGUUCACACAAGGGUAUACUCACCGCCCCCAACGAGAUCCGUGUCCCGGUCCGUGACCUUCAGCGACAACAACCCGGUUUACAUAAUCCCGCCCGAACCGGCGGCCCAGCCAGAACCGGCGGUUCACCGCAAGCCGGCCCAGCCCGAACCGGCCCAGCCCUCUUCGCCCGAACCGGACCCGGUCCGACGGCCCGGGUACGGUUACCGCUACGUGCCGUCGCCGCUGGCGAGGUGGGAGAGGACGCCACGUCGGCAGGAGUACUUCAGCGGGGAGUAUAAUUACUAUCCUACCCCCGUCCGCGAGGGUAUUUACAGCAUUGCCACCGACGCCAACCGCCUCACCACCAUCUUCAGCGAGGAGAAUCCGAAUGCCUGCAGCAUUGCGUGAGGAAAAAGAACGAGAAGGGCAGACGGACGGGCUGGGCUGGCGGCGGCUCAAAAUUAAACAUUGUGUGCAGUUUUCUUAGUUGUUAUUAUUUUUUACUUGGGUUAAUUUCGUACAUGUCCCUAUAAAUACAGUGAAUGAUAAAUAUAUCUCUAUAAAUUCAACUUUCAUGCUGUCUCUAUAAAAGUCUUGAUAUUUUUAAAUA